UGACAACUGUGUACAUCUCACCAAGAACAGGUGAUGUUUGUCAAAAUAUUUGAUUCAAUUAGGCUAGCUCUACAAACAUGUACUUAUAUUUAGCCAUCACUGAUAAAAUUCAACUUGUCUAAUCGAUAUUUACACGAUUAUGAAAAUGGCGAUUUGGUGUAAGCCAAAUCAAAACACACCUCAUUUGAAGUGGAUCAAAUAUUCCCUAUGGAAGAAAUUAAUGAUGCAAGAACCGAAAGAAACGCUUCUCCAGUUGUGCUGCAAGGGUUUAUGGGGAUUAUGACUCAUACUAUUUCAGUCUAUGGCAUUUACCAUUACAAACCUCUGCAAACAGAAAUGUCAAAACACAUCAAUUCUAAAUUAAUUUCACUGGUAUAGAUAACAUUGAUAGAAUGAUUCUGACACCUAAAUAUGGAAUUCAUCUUAAUUGGGGGUAAAAUAUUUUACCCUAUAGGGAGGGGUGUUUGCCCUGAUAGUGGGGUAAAAUGCACCCUUUACACAGUUUGGCAUUUGAUUAAGUUGUAAGCAGUUUUCCCUUAAGGGGGGCGUUUCCCCCCAAGUUACCCUACUUAACGAAAUUACUAUAAAUAUAUAAGCUAGUAUGUAAGCUAAUGAUAAUUUCGAGAAACUUUUCUAAUGCUGGAUCAGAUGAUUUGUGCUGUUGUAAUUGUGUUAGAACUAGACCAUUUUUCGUUUUACUUUUAAGUAAAUACCAUCCGUAAUGGCAGCAAUGAGGAUUGUUGCACUGUAAAACUCCCUAUUUUGCUGUGUAACAAUGUUAUUUUGCCAUUAUACCUUUCUAGAGCUGGCAAACGCUAUACUCUAUAGGAAGCAGAUGCAUUGACAAGAACAAAAAAUAUAACCAUCAAUUAAGACUUCAAAAUGCUUGUUUAUUAACUUGCUUCAUCGUGUAUGAAUGACUAAUAAUUGUAACUAACAGGUUGCACACUAUAGUCCCUCAUUUGUAACUAGGGUAUAAUACCACCUGAAAUUAGUAGAACAACGGCCCCUUUAAAUAAAAAGGUUGGGGAGAGAGCAAGUGAGAGAGUUGUAAUUUAAAUUGUAUUGUGUUCAAAUGGUGUAUCCGUUUGAUAUGAUCAGUUAUGGAGCUAAAAUACGUGGAUAAUGUUUCCCAAACUUUUGAAUAUUGUUCAUAUGAAAAUAUCUGAGUUGUCAUAGUCUGCGAAUAGGCUACCACAUAUUUCUGUCGGACACAUCGACUGAUCCUCUGGAGGAAGAGACAUUUCAACUUAAUUUUUUCCGAGGUUACACGUCACAGAUAGGGUUGCUAGGUGCAUUGCACUCUGCAUUCCACUACAGGCUUGUCUGUGAAGGCUCAGCUUGCCCUGGCGUCUCCCUCUGUGGCGUGUCAGGGGCUAUGGUGAGGCCAUGUGCCCCAACUGAAGGCCUGGAAGUCACAAAGGUGCAUGUGAGCGAGGGACAGGAAGAGGAAUGGCAAUUAUUAGGAGAAAAGGUUCCCAGGAGAGAAGAAUGGGGACUGGAUUGUGUCCUGGGACAUGGCUGGAGAAAGACACAACACGGGGAGGGAGCUUGGGAAAGAUAGAGGACGCCGGAGUGCGAAGGAGCAGGGGACACAUGCAGAGACAAGACUUAUUUACACUGCUGCUCCUGCUCCUGCUGCCUCCAGUGCUCCCCCAGUGCCCUGACAGCUGCCACUGUAUGUGGGAGAGCAGCGUUGUGCUGUGUACGGAUGCCAGACUCCGCGAGUUCCCCCAGGGCCUUCCUCCGGACACAGUCACCCUCCACCUAGAGAGAAACUACAUCCGUUCGCUCCCGGAGGGCGCGUUCAGGGAGCUAACCCACCUGCGGCACCUCUACCUCUCUCACAACCGCAUCAACACCCUCUCUUCUGGUGCUCUGCGUCACCUGAACUCUGAACUCCGUCUCCUUGACCUCUCACACAAUCAGUUGCGCUCUGCCAACCGAGAAGAAUUUGGCUCCACACAGGCCAAGACUCGCCUUAACCACAACCCAUGGCACUGCGACUGUAAGUUACAGGAGCUGAUGGAGACAUUGAUUCUAGAGGCAGAGACAGUCAGUGGGAUCAUAUGUGAGAGCUCGGUAAGAGUCACCGGGGAGGGAGGUCGCUGGGAGGACCCAGGAGGUGCAGGGGAGCAUGCGGGUCAACCCCUGCUUAAGCUGCUUGACUCUGGGGUGAACUUCUGUAGCCUCCAGACCAAGACUACAGAUGUGGCCAUGCUGGUGACUAUGUUUGUCUGGUUCUUCAUGGUUAUUGUCUAUGUUGUCUACUAUGUUAGGCAGAACCAGGCGGAGACAAGAAGACAUUUGGAGUAUCUGAAGAGUUUGCCCAGUCCUAGAAAAACAGUGGCAGAAACAGAUACCUUCAGCACUGGUUUUUGAAUGAUUAAUUUACCUGAUUGACUUUUGUAACACAUUAUAAUGAAGCAUAUAUAACACACAUUGUUUUAUAAAUGUAUUAAUCAUUACUCCCACAUUUGCAGUUGUUAGCAAGCUUGUUAUUCACACAUUUAGUGAAACUUAUAAAGUAUGGUACAAUCAUCAUCAUCAUCAUUUUCUUCCGCUUAUCCGGGGCCGGGUCGCGGGAGCAGCAG